CUAGACUAUAGACAGUCUUGAGCUGUUUCCCAAAUUUGCAGAUUUCGAAAAGGACUCCCAAAGAUUCCAAUAAUUACAUGGGAGAGAAUAACACUACAUCAUUUUGAACUGGAAUGAGGAAUGGUGCAGUCAAUGAAUAUACUUCGGGGUCGAUUGAAAGAGACAGAACGACUGGAAAGAAACUAAGAAUCACCCACAAGACUGAAAACAAGGACGGAGCAGCAACUAACACACCAUCUUUGAAACGUAACCAUGGUAACGUCAAACAUCUCGAUACAAAAGUGGUCUGCGAUGGGUCGAGCGAUGAGGACGAGGAGGAUCUCUAUGGAGAACCGUCACAUGGCUUUCACCUCCAAUCGUCGGCUUCCAAUGUUUAUCACUCAACGGAUGCGAGACAUCCAAGGUUUUCUGACAAGGCUGAAAGAACAUUUAGCUUUGGGACAUGGGACAAUGCUUUCCGAUGUUCUGUCACCGAAGCAGCAGAGGCUGGCUUGUUCUAUCCUGGUGGGGGAAGGGAUUUGUUGUGUCACUACUGUGGCAUCGCUGUCCCACCUUUGAAACGGAGUGAUGACGCUUGGAUAGAACACGCCAAGGCAAAUCCAAGAUGUGCUUUUGUGCUGUCUUCGAAGGGUGAACGUUUUGUCAGGAUGGUACGUGAGAUGUAUGAUAGCUUUGAAAUGGAUGAUAGCACUCUUGAACGGGAGUUAAUGGAACUUGACGAUAGUCAGAAUGUACGAAAACCACAGCAAUCUCAGGCAAGUGUGGCUCAACAAACCGCUCAUCCAACGAAUCCUGUGGCUUCUACAAGUCGAGAAUUGUCAGUGAGCCAUCAGCCCCAAACAGUGCGCGCAAGUGAUACUGCCAGAACAUCCACUGCACGAGAUCCCUUAGCCCUUCCUCGUCAGACGCAACCAGUGCCACCGUUACCCGCCUCUGUACAAGGCACCACCCGACAUGCCAGAGCCCAACGUCCCCCAAGGAUUCCGAAGAGGCAAGUCCAAGCCCGUGAAGUCCGAGCUCGUUUGGACAUGGAAUGGGCACAGAGACUAAUUGGGAUGGGUUUCUCUGCUGAUCUUGUCGGUGCUGUCAUUGCAGAGCAGAUGAUCUAUAAUGGAGACGACUUCAAGUCGUACAAGGACAUGUUAAUGGCUACCGUGGAGGCUGCUGACAUGGGGGACGACUACCCUGUCAGGCACUACGCGCUAGGCUUGGCUCAGAAUCCUGCCAUGUCUUCAAGGUCCGAAGGAUCAUCCACAAGUCAACAAACUCCAUUCACAACACCAAGGUCAGGAUCAUCAAGUUCCACGACAUCAAGUUCCAAUUUCGCCAUGGCUUUGUCUGUAGGAGCCUCGUCAUGGACAGAAACUACAGCGCCGACUGGUGGCAACCCGGGAAAUAGUUCAGCUAUAAAAAAUAUCGAAACAUCAGUUGGAAAUUUAAGCCUAGAGACCCAAAUUCUGGAGAAGGAAAACCGGGAACUGAAGGACAAGCAGAUGUGUAAGAUUUGCUAUGAACGCGAUGCGAACAUAGUCUUUAUACCUUGUGGACAUUUAGUCGUCUGUCAGAACUGCAACAUUAGGAUAAAUGAGUGUCCCCUCUGCAGGAAAGGCAUACGGGGGACUCUUAAGGCGUUCCUUUCUUAAUACAGGGAGUGCCAACUCCCUGGGAAAGCGAAUGUGUAGUGCUUAAACUAGUUUGGGCUAGUCAACCGGGGACUUGAGACGACAAGGUCAUCCUGUACUUUUAUAAUCCCCACAAGACGAUGAAGAUGACAAAUACAAGUAGUAACAGACAUGUAUUACGUUAAAAGGCGAUAUAAACAAUACACCAUGUAGUAUCACGUUGGGACAAUUAGACAAUUUUGAACUUGCAGAGGAGUUUACUAUUCAUCUGUUAUAAGUGAUAAGUAGCAGUCCUCGCCACGACAGGGAGGUUGUGAGCAGCGGCUUAUCGAAUGAUCCUUUAGGUAUACCAUGCGUAUGGAUUAAACCAUCCAGAAAAAGGACGAAUUUGGUGUACAUUUCUAUCCGCAUACGAAUAAGGAUCCGUGAUUAAUCCCUGAUCUCAACCCCCUGUUAGGAAGAUCAUUGGCCCGGAUCAUCAGUCAUUCAAUGCAGUCACUAACACUACGCAUUAAUUGCCGCAGAAUGGCUGCCGCGGACACUUGCCCGAGACACUGGAGAACUCUUGGGAAGUCAUAUCCACAAAAAGCUAUCGUCGGCCUGUGUUAUAACAUCAGAAACAUGAGAACCACAGCCGCGAAGGCCAUCAAUUGUUUGUUCAUCAUAGAUAUAUAGUUCGAUUUCGUCUUUGCAUCAAUCCGGAUCAUUUUAUUCCAGUUUCCAGGGACUAGCAUUCCUGCCACGUGACUCCAAGUCCCGUUGUUAGGUGAAGGGUCAAGGUCAAGUAUUUUACAAAGUAUUUGAUAGACGUCGACGUUUGGGAAUGAUGGAGCCAGGUAGCCUUUCUUGAAAUCUGUGGAGGAGAGAAAAUGAAGGUUUACCAAUUUACUACUGCUUUACCUCGCGAGAAGAUAGUCUAUCUUUGUCAGUAUUCAGGCUUGUCAUCACGAUAAGGCCAAACUGUGACUGAGCGACCUGCUCGGCCCCUAAUCACGGACUUUCCUGAAAGUUUAUUGCAUCAGUCGAACCACCGAGUUUGGUCCUGCCUUCGUAGAAAUCUUCAUCAUUGUACAUGUAUUUACUUACGUGGGCCAAUGGCAAAAAAGCUUGCUCGCAUGUCUUUGUAGUGAUUAUCAUAUCCGUGGCUCCCUCCCACCGUAAAGUUCCACUGAAAAACAUAUAAAACUCAUGAACCCUGUCCGAUGUGACUUGAGGAAUGAGACGAAAGAUAACCUCCGUCAUCUUGUGAGAUCAAAA